GCACACAUACGAGACCGACAGUGUUAGGUCACCAUCACAUUCAGUGAUAUAUACGGGCCGAACAUCUAUAGCCUGUAGUGUGAUAGCCACAUACCGGUGCCAUAACCAUAACCAAUCUAUUUACAGUAAUGACAGUAAACUUUGAGGAAUGGGACCGUACGAUAAACACUGAUGCGACCGAUUUGGACGGUAAACGUAAACUGUAUGACGACAUGAAGGCUGAACUGACCAACAAUGAGACAAACAAAAACAAUAGCGAAGUGUUGUGGCGACUGAACAAAGUGUCUCUUUUGCUCAGUAUUUCAAGCGAUAUCGAAACCAAUCAACAAAGACAGUUGGCUUUCGAGGCACUGGAAUAUGGAAAACGAUCGGUUAAGGCGGACCCAAAAUCGCUGGACAGUCACAAAUGGUAUUGCAUAGCACUGGGACGGGCAACCAAAUUGGUCGGUGUCAAGGAUAAGAUCAGAUACGGCCACGAAUUCAAACAACACCUGGACUUAGCCUAUAAGCUGGACCCAAACGAUCACAUGUUGCACUUCAUGGCCGGCCGGUUUGCCUACGAGUUGGCCGCUUUGUCGUGGAUCGAGCGUAACAUUGCCCGCGCUCUGUACGGUCCGAUACCGGAGGCCACCUAUCAGGAGGCGUUGCAAAAGUUUUUCGAUAGCGACAAAUCCAAACCAAACUGGAAGGACAACUAUCUAUGGAUUGCCAAAACUUAUCGUAGACUAAGAAAAAAGACAACUGCCAGACAAUGGGUUAACAAAGGACUCAAUUUGCCUACAAAUAACAUAAUGGAUGAGUUGGCACACAAAGAGUUGCAACAAUUGAAAGAUAAGUUAUCGUAA